CGGGCGUGGCCUGAGAGGGCGAGCGGGAGGGGCGGGCAGAGCAGAGGCGCAGGCCCAGACCCUGGCCGACCUAGAGGAGGCGGCAGACUCGAGCCCAUCCUGGUCAGAACGGACACAUUCAUCUGGGAAGCAUCUCUUGCGAAGACUAGGUUGACCUUGGCCUGCUGCACUCCCAACUAACUGGGGGAAUGCUUGCAUGGCUCCCUGACCUCAGGCUGCUCCUCACACCAGGCUGAGGACUGACCCACGACUUCUGCUCCCUAGAGCUGUAGACCUGCACCCAGCCAGUGCCCCUGUCCUAGUCCAGCGGCCUUCGCCAUGGUGAAGUUGCUGCCAGCCCAGGAGGCCGCCAAGAUCUACCACACCAACUAUGUGCGAAACUCGCGCGCUGUGGGAGUGAUGUGGGGCACGCUCACUAUCUGUUUCUCGGUGCUGGUCAUGGCCCUCUUUAUCCAGCCCUACUGGAUAGGCGACAGUGUUAGCACACCACAGGCUGGCUACUUUGGCCUGUUCUCCUACUGCGUGGGCAACGUGCUGUCGUCGGAACUCAUCUGCAAGGGGGGCCCUCUGGACUUCUCCUCCAUCCCCUCCAGAGCCUUCAAGACUGCCAUGUUCUUUGUGGCCUUGGCCAUGUUCCUUAUCAUCGGCUCCAUCAUCUGCUUCAGCCUGUUCUUUGUCUGUAACACAGCCACGGUCUACAAGAUUUGCGCCUGGAUGCAGCUGGCUGCUGCCACGGGCCUAAUGAUCGGAUGUCUGGUCUACCCAGAUGGUUGGGACUCCAGUGAGGUGCGGCGUAUGUGUGGCGAGCAGACGGGCAAGUACACACUGGGCCACUGCACCAUCCGCUGGGCCUUCAUGCUGGCCAUCCUCAGUAUUGGAGAUGCGCUCAUCCUCUCCUUCCUGGCUUUCGUGUUGGGCUACCGGCAGGACAAGCUCCUCCCGGAUGACUACAAGGCAGAUGGGAAUGAGGAAGUCUGAAGCAACGGAGGUGCUGGCAGCAGCAAUUCUGGCAGAGCUGAAGAAAAAGAAUGAUCAACUGGUUUCAACGUGAUUCCAAAUGAAACAUGAUGUGCUCACUCCCUCUUCUGCUUUGUUCUGGAGGGAGACAGCGUCUCUCUAGGUAGUGUUGACCAGCCUUGAACUCUCAGAGAUCCACCUGCUUCUGCCUCCCUGAGAUCUAGGAUUAAAGGUGUGGCUACCACACCUAGCCUUGUAUAGAUUUCUUUAUCAUCUUUUAGCUUCCAAAAUGAUUUUGAAAUUAAGAGAAAAACAAAACAACAACCAGAAAUCACCUUUUCUCUUCAAGUGUCGUCUUUAAUUACCACCAUUGAUUGAGGAUGAAGGCAGUCUUGUGUGCACAUGAAUUCAUUGAAAUGGGGAAGAGCCUGUGUUGCCCUGUUAAAUCCUUGGCUCUGGUGGUGACAAGGAUGGUGGUGAUCAUGGUGGUGGUGGCAGUAAUGAUUAGCAGUCCUACCCUUCAGUGUUUUUGGUCACCUGGGAGCUUGUUCAAAGGCAACUCUGUCAUGGCAGGAGGGAACCACCGGCAGCUUUUCUAAACCGUUCUCCGGAACAGGAAUCAUACUGUACAAAAGCACAGCUGCUGUGCCAUCUCAAAGGCACUCCCGCUUCCCACC